GCCCCGCCCUGUUGAUGUCUGGGGCCGGUGACCAGGCCCAACGCAGCCUUCAAGUCGGCCCAAACACGGUUUCUGCCUCAAGGAUUAUUUGUAUAACCAUUGCUUAUUGGCUGCUGGCAAACACUCGCUCUUCUCGUUGGCUGAAACUGUCGGGAGAAGUUCUGCGAAGGCUGCUCCUUGCGGCGUUGGGACUGAGGGUCACAGGCACCUAUAUUUCCGUUUCCGGUUCGCCUCCGGAGCCAUGGCGGCGGCACUGAAGUGUCUGCUGACAUUAGGAAGAUGGUGCCCUGGCCUUGGAGUAGCUCCCCAGGCCCGGGCGCUCGCCGCCUUAGUACCCGGAGUGACCCAGGUAGAUAACAAGUCCGGUUUCCUGCAAAAGAGGCCUCAUCGCCAGCACCCUGGCAUCCUAAAGCUGCCGCACGUGCGGCUGCCACAGGCACUGGCUAACGGUGCCCAGUUAUUGCUACUUGAGAGCGCUGGGCCCACUAUGGAGAAUCAGGUGCAAACACUGACCAGUUAUCUCUGGAGCAGACAUUUGCCUGUAGAGCCAGAGGAGUUGCAAAGACGGGCUAGGCAUCUUGAGAAAAAAUUCCUGGAAAACCCAGACUUGUCUCAGACAGAGGAGAAACUUCGUGGAGCAGUGCUACAUGCACUACGUAAAACUACCUACCAUUGGCAAGAACUGAGCUACACUGAGGGACUGAGCCUGGUGUAUAUGGCAGCAAGACUGGAUGGUGGCUUUGCAGCAGUCUCCAGAGCAUUCCAUGAGAUCCGGGCUCGAAAUCCAGCAUUUCAGCCACAAACUUUGAUGGACUUUGGCUCAGGUACUGGUUCUGUCACCUGGGCUGCUCACAGUAUUUGGGGCCAGAGCCUACGUGAAUAUAUGUGUGUGGACAGAUCAGCUGCCAUGUUGGUUUUGGCAGAAAAACUACUGAAAGGUGGUUCAGAAUCUGGGGAGCCUUAUAUUCCAGGCGUCUUUUUCAGACAGUUUCUACCUGUAUCACCCAAGGUGCAGUUUGAUGUAGUAGUGUCAGCUUUUUCCUUAAGUGAACUGCCCAGCAAGGCUGACCGCAAUGAGGUAGUUCAAACCUUAUGGCGUAAGACAGGUCGUUUCCUGGUACUGGUGGAGAAUGGAACAAAAGCUGGGCACAGCCUUCUCAUGGAUGCCAGGGAUCUGGUCCUUAAGGGAAAAGAGAAGUCACCUUUGGACCCUCGACCUGGUUUUGUCUUUGCCCCGUGUCCCCAUGAACUCCCUUGUCCCCAGUUGACCAACCUGGCCUGUAGCUUCUCACAGGCGUACCAUCCCAUCCCCUUCAGCUGGAACAAGAAACCAAAGGAAGAAAAGUUCUCUAUGGUGAUCCUUGCUCGGGGGUCUCCAGAGGAGGCUAAUCGCUGGCCCCGUAUCACUCAGCCUGUCCUUAAACGGCCUCGUCAUGUGCAUUGUCACUUGUGCUGUCCAGAUGGGCACAUGCAGCAUGCUGUGAUCACAGCCCGCCGGCACGGCAGGGAUUUGUAUCGUUGUGCCCGUGUCAGCUCCUGGGGAGAUCUUUUACCUGUGCUUACUCCGUCUGCGUUUCCUCCAUCUACUGCUCAGGAUCCCUCUGAGAGUUGACGAGGAUGUGUAACAAGUAUUUUCUUCUAUCGUGCCUGCCAGGGCUGAAGCUGCCUGGUAUCCAGGAGGGGAAUGCUGGUAUCCCCAUAUGUCUGUGUUUGUUUGAGAUUUUUAAUAAUAAAUAAUAAAUUUUUAAAGAA